AACAAUUAUAAAAAUUGUAUGCUAUUAUCAUCAUAUAAUUGUGCCAAACGUUUGUUAAGCCGCCGCCACCACCACCACCAGUGCACCUCUACUACUGGUCAUCGACCGAUACCAACACUCAGACAAAAGCUACCUCAGCGUAACAACCGUCACCCGUAUAUAUACACACCCACUACUAUCAUAAGCAGCUGCCAAUUGCCACCAGUGGUGGACAUAUCAUCAUCAUUAGCCUCGCCAACACCUGAGCCCAUAAUAACUACAACUGAAGACAGUAUGCUAGAGCUGACCACUGAUACCCGACUGCCGGAACAGUUGGACACACUGUUCGAUACACUCGAUACUCGUCUUGCAGUCGAUUGUCCCGAAUUGGCCACAGUAUUACACGAACUACGACAGGGAACCGAUGAGGUGCUGACCUAUGUUCACGAAUAUGACUUUCGCGAUGUCGAGGCCAACGGUUUUCGAUCGUACGUUCGACUGGUUCUACGUUUUCUUCAGGUCACUCAUGAGACCCGCGACUUGCGGCUAAUGUCGACACAUUUGCUGCCAGUGGCCAUUGUCUUGCGUACAGGUCUUGGUCUUUGUAAACGAUUCCGCGGGACAUCCGAUGACAACCUGUUUGGAUCGUCGGCCGACGACUUUCCCUAUUUGUUGGACGUAUUUGCCGAAAUGCGGCCCCAGUUGGACGUCGUCUACGAUGCUUACGCUAACUUUUGGUUGUGCGCAUCCAUGAAACGAGCGCUGAAUGGUUUUACAGCAUUGAUGGCCAUUGUAGCGGCUGGUGAUCCCCGAUUGGCUGCCCGAUUGCUGGUGGACAGUCGUAUGCGGGCACAAGCGGUCGCACAUAUUGCACAAAACGCUACGGUAGAGUUUGUUAAAGGUUUUUGGGGUCUCACCGAAACACCGUUAGCCCGAUCAGCGCUGCCAUUGUUGGCCAAAACACCACCGCUAGCUCGUGAAGUCUAUGUCCCGCCACAAACUCGGUGGUCAGUAUCGCCAGUCGAGGCCUGUGUUUUACGUAAUGAUGACGACGACGCCGACAGCACAUCACACGCCAACCGACGACCACUCAUACGAUGCCGACUACUGUGCGGUUCGGAACAGCCGUCAGGCGAUGCACUUGUACUACACAUACACGGCGGCGGUUUCGUGUCGCAGACACCCGAUUCUCAUGAAGUAUAUCUACGCCAAUGGGCCGUACAGUUAGCACCCGUUCCCAUACUGUCAGUCGACUACACACUGUCGCCCGAAGCCAAAUACCCGAUAGCAUUGCAACAGUUGCUCGACGUUUACCUGUGGCUAACAUCUACCGAUGCGGCGGUUGCCGAACUGGGUAUCAAACCACGUCGUGUAGUCAUAUGUGGCGAUUCGGCCGGCGGUAACCUAUCGUUGGCGACCUGUCUGGCCAUUCACGACGCAUGGAAACAGGACGCCCAUAUUGUCCGGCCGCGCGGUAUUGUCUGUUUCUAUACGCCGCUGCUGUUGCAAACACGGGCCUCACCGUCACGACUGUUCACAGCAGUGGACACACUGUUACCAUUGGGCGUACUGUUGGCCUGUCUUGAAGCUUACGCACCCGAUAUCAAUGGCCAGAACAACAACAACCCGUCGACAGUCAAUGACGACGACGAAGACGAGUUUGAGUUUGUAACGGUCGAUGAUGUACCGCCGCUGGACAGCGACCACACAAAACUGCCACACGAUUGGCCGCCACGCUCGACGCCGUGGUCACGUAUGCGCCGUACCUUUCGGCACGUGCGCGGUCCUGAUAACGUUGCGACCAGUUCACCGCGACCCUGGUAUCGCCAACCUAGACCUCAAGUGUUGAACAAAUUGACUCGUCUGAAUGCUGCCACUGAAAAUCCGUUUGUAUCGCCACUGUUGGCCGAACCCGACUUUACCGAUGUUGCACUCUAUUUGGUAGCACUGGCCUACGAUGCCUGUCUCGACGACAGCGUCCAAAUGGCCAAAAAAUGGAAAGGUGCCAUCAAUCUGGACGUAUUGGAUGACUUGCCGCACGGUUUUCUAAAUUUUGUUUCAGUGUCCGCCGAAAGCCGGCGCGGGUCCGACCUGUGUGUCGAUCGCGUGCGACAGGCGCUCACUUAAGAGGCCCGGCGCGCGCGUGUGUGUGUGUGGUUAUGCUAUUUAUCUCCAUACACCAGCUAAU